AUGUCUGCAACUACUUUUGACAACGCUCCAUCUUGGGGAUCAACAGCAACAACUACUGCAGCUGGGUGGGGAGAUGGGACCUCCAAACCUUCUGACCCUGAAGCUGUGCCUGAGAACAAAGAAAACCAAGACCCCAAUGCUAAACCUCAACUUCCUCCUCUUAACUAUGACACACUAGGUGAAAAGCUUCAGCCAAUCGACUGGGAUUCAGAAACUCUGGUUCCCAUCAUUUCGAAAACUUUUGAAUUAACUCUUUCACAAGAAGAAGUCACUAACUUCUUUGCACAGAAUACUUCAAUUGUCAAAGGCACUGAAGUAAAGCCAAUGCUGUCGUUCACUGAACUAGGAUUUCCUGAAGCAGUGACUGCACAAUUUUAGGGAUUGAUUCAAAUCAAAACUUGGCAGAUGGAGGAGAGAGGUGCCAAUGCCCAGUGCAGUACUGAAGGUGGCUGCAGCAGAUGCUGCCUAGUAUUGGACGUUAAACGUGCUAUAAUAAAUAAGAUAAGACUGCUCAAUUUGAAGCUUGCAAAUUUGCAAAACCAACUUCAGUUCAGUCUUUAAUGUGGCCCACUGCACUUAGUGGAAAAGAUAUUAUUGGAAUUGCUUGCACUGGGAGUGGGAAAACACUUAGCUAUAGCGCUUUCUCUUAGAUUGUCUAGUAGGAAAUUCAAGCUAUUUUCACAGCUCGCAAUCCUUGGUAAAUCAUCAUAUAUUCUUCCAGCUUUAUUGCAUAUCACAGCCCAACAGCCUAUUCAGCCUGGCCAAGGUCCAAUAGUCCUCAUUUUAGCACCAACCCGUGAACUUGCCAAACAAAUAAUUUUCGAAACAAACCGCUUUGGCAAAUCUCUUGAAAUUCGCAGCGUAUGCCUUUAUGGUGGCAACGGAAGACAGUUCCAAAUGAAAGACUUAGAAGCACUUCCUCAGCUUGUAGUAGCAACUCCUGGAAGACUCCUUGACUUUCUCGAAUGUGGCGCUAUAAACCUUAAACGAACAAGUCUUAUCGUGGUUGAUGAAGGUGACAGGAUGCUCGACAUGGGCUUUGCUCCACAGCUGAGGAAAAUCUUAAGCCAAGCGCGGCCGGAUCGCCAAACAAUUACUUGCAGUGCAACCUGGCCAAGCACACUUGAAGAGCUUUCCAAAGAAUUCAUGAAAGACCCAGUUGAGAUCCACAUCGGCAAAGAAGGCGGAGUCACUGCAAACCACAACAUAACCCAAGUCAUCAAUGUCGUCGACUCAGAAGAAAAAAUUGAGAAGCUUAUAGAAGUCAUCAAGCCUUUAGCAGAAAAAAGAAUCCUCAUAUUUGUUGACACAAAGGCUGAAUGCGACACUCUGGCAGCUGAGCUAACUGCAAAAGAAGUCAAAGUUGCCACGCUUCAUGGUGAUAAAUCAAUGAAAGAUAGGAUGACUGCACUACUUGAUUUCAGGGCUGGGAGGAACUUUGUGGUCAUUUCGACUGAUUUGGCAAGCAGAGGCCUUGAUGUGAAAGAUUUGGACUAUGUCAUUUGCUAUGAUUUUCCUAAAAGAAUUGAAGACUAUGUGCAUAGGAUUGGAAGAACUGCAAGAGGCAUGAAUAAAGGAACUGCUAUUUCGUUCUUUACAAAAGAUAACGCUAAGUCGGCACAGCAGCUAAUUCAAGUUUUAGAAGAAGCCCAACAAAACGUUCCCAGAGAACUUAGAAGAUUGGCAAGAAAGCCGAAAGGAGAAGGAGAGCAGGCAGAAGAAGGCCAAGAAGGGGAAGAAAAGCCAAAAGGAAGAGGAUGCUUCAAGUGUGGAGAAAAUGGACAUAUGUCUAAAGAAUGCCCAAAUCCUAAAAAGGAUAAUGGAGGAAACAAAGGAUGCUUUAAGUGUGGGCAAGAAGGUCAUAUGUCAAGAGAAUGUCCAAAUCCAGGCGAAAAUAGAGGAAGAGGCAGAAGAAGAGAAAACGGAGACAACGAAGGAAAUAAUGAAAAAAUAAGUUUUGAUAGGUCAAGAAGUCCAAGGUGUAAUUAA